AUUCAUUCGAGCAUGAUGAUGUAGGUGGUCAUGCCAUCGCUGGCAGGCCAAAGAUAGAUGGAUAGAAUGAGGGAAGGUACAAGUUCACAUUAGCCACACAUUACUGUUUACUUCAUCGUAUAAAGCUUUUGUGGCCGUGGCUGGCAUUGUCCAUUUCACCUUCCUUGUCCUAUGGUCUACAAAUAGCCCUACACGGCACUUGAACUUAAGAUUCCAUUGAGCAAGCAUUUCCCUGCACAGUAUUCUAUGUGUUCUGACUACAAAUGUGCGAGGAAGUGCAUUACCGACAUGUUGUCUAAGAAAGAAUUGUCAACAUUCCGGAACACACCGUGGGGUCACCUUUUGGAUAUACCGGACUUUCAGUUUUGUGCCCAAAUUGUGCACAUGUUGCUCUUACGCCUUGUGAAGCAACAGCCUGAAGAUGAGCUCUGGUUCAAUGUGGAGGGUAAAAUUGUAGAAUUCACAUACAAUGAUUUCUGCCGCAUUACCGGAUUACCAGUGGCAGCCCCCAGACCUGUCGUGGCCGAAGAAGUUGAAGAAAACUCUGAUGAACAGGCUGAAGAAGUGGAAGAACCUGGGGAGGUUGCUACCACAUACUUUAAAGGAUCUUUGGAUAUCACUUACUUGCAGUUGAAGGAGAUGGUUCAAAUGGUGCGUCCUACUAGAAAAGGCAGAGCGAUGCUAGGUGUGAAGCUUGCAUCCUUGUACAUGAUUGAGAACGUAUUGCUCGGAAGAGACAGGUCAACAAGGAUUAGCAGGAGGUCUAUUCAGCUGGUAAAUGACUUUGAGGAGUUCAAGAAGGAGCCGUGGUCCAGAGACGCCUACCAUUCGCUGGUAACCGAUUUAAAGAAGCUUCUUGAUGGCCAGGAACAGAAGUUUUUCGACAAUAAAGCUAACAACCCUGAUUACAAAAAUGCAAAGUUCUCGGUCUACGGUUUCCCAUUGCUCCUAC